AUGCGAUUUGUUACUUCAGAUAUUGAUAAUAUAAUGGACUAUGUGCAGCAAAUUCCAUCCUUCUAUAAUUCAAAAAUCAAAAUAAUUAAAUGGAAUACAUUAUCUUCUUCUACAACAUUAACUGCGGCUGGCAUUGCGGCUGUUAUUGUUUUUCUUAUUCUAAUCAUAGCAAUUGUCUAUUUAUUGAAAUUUAAAGUACGUAGAAAAGAAACACCACUUCAUAAUGUUGAAAAUAAUCUGCCCAAUCAACUACAACAAUUAGCACCAGCACAAAAUCCAUUAUACGAUUAUUUGUACUACUAG